CCGAGCCGCUUUCAGAAUGACAGUCUGCAGGAGUGAGCUGAGCGUGUGCGCGGAACCGGGCUCUCCUGCCUUCUGGGCUCCAACACAGCUCCGUGGCUGAACUGGGUGCUCACCGCCACGGGACCGACCGCCGGGCUAUGGAAUACAGAUGUGGCAGUACAGGUAGCCCCACGUUGCCUAGAGGAAUACAUCAUGGGUUUUGAGAAGAAAUUGUAGAAGCCAGUUUUUUUUUUAACAUACACGCACGCGCGCGCGCACACACAUACACAUACACACACACACACACACACACACACACACACACACACUGUAAAGAUGCAAAAACGUAAUAUCCAUGAAGAUCCUAUUACCUAGGAAGACUCGGCUGUUUUGCUGCGAAUGCGGUGUUGGGAUUUAUUUGUUCUUGGAGUGUUCUGCACGGCUGGUAAAGAAUAAUGUUCCAAAAUCGGUCCAUCUCCCAAGGGGUCCAAUUUUUCUUCCUGGGUGUCAGCGAGCCCUGACUCACUACACUGCAGCUGACAGGGGCUGUCAUGCAGGCGGCCCCUAAGCCAAAGCAAAAGACCUAAGGACGGCCUUUGAACAAUACAAAGGAUGGGUUUCAAUGUAAUCAGGCUACUGCGCGGAUCGGCGGUAGCAGCGGUUCUGGCCCCCACUGUUUUACUGACAAUGCUUUCCUCUGCUGAACGGGGAUGCCCUAAGGGUUGUAGGUGCGAAGGCAAAAUGGUCUACUGUGAAUCUCAGAAACUGCAGGAGAUCCCUUCAAGCAUAUCAGCCGGUUGCUUGGGCUUAUCCCUUCGCUACAACAGCCUCCAAAAACUUAAGUAUAAUCAAUUCAAAGGGCUCAACCAGCUCACCUGGCUGUACCUUGACCAUAACCAUAUCAGCAAUAUUGACGAGAAUGCUUUCAAUGGGAUACGCAGGCUCAAAGAGUUGAUUCUGAGUUCCAACAGGAUCUCUUAUUUUCUUAACAACACCUUCAGACCUGUGACCAAUUUGCGGAACUUGGAUCUGUCCUAUAAUCAGCUCCAUUCUCUGGGAUCUGAACAGUUCCGGGGCUUGAGGAAGCUGCUGAGUUUACACCUCCGCUCCAACUCCCUGAGAACCAUCCCAGUGCGGAUCUUCCAAGACUGUCGCAACCUGGAACUUCUGGACCUGGGCUAUAACAGGAUCCGAAGUUUAGCCAGGAACGUCUUUGCGGGCAUGAUCAGGCUCAAAGAACUUCACCUGGAGCACAAUCAAUUUUCCAAGCUCAACCUGGCGCUUUUCCCAAGGUUGGUAAGCCUUCAGAACUUGUACAUGCAGUGGAAUAAAAUCAGUGUCAUAGGGCAAACCAUGUCCUGGACUUGGAGUUCCCUACAGAGGCUUGACCUAUCUGGGAAUGAGAUCGAAGCCUUCAGUGGACCCAGUGUCUUCCAGUGCGUCCCCAACCUGCAGCGCCUCAACCUGGAUUCCAACAAGCUCACAUUUAUUGGUCAAGAGAUUCUGGAUUCUUGGAUCUCUCUCAAUGACAUCAGUCUUGCUGGGAAUAUAUGGGAAUGCAGCAGGAAUAUCUGUUCCCUGGUAAACUGGCUGAAAAGUUUUAAAGGGCUGAGAGAGAAUACAAUUAUCUGCGCCAGUCCCAAAGAGCUGCAGGGGGUCAACGUGAUCGAGGCAGUGAAGAACUACAGCAUCUGUGGCAAAAGCACCACCGAGAGGUUUGACCUAGCCAGGGCGCUCCCCAAGCCCACGUUUAAGCCCAAGCUCCCCAGGCCGAAGCACGAGAGCAAGCCUCCGCUGCCCCCCACGGUGGGAGCUACGGAACCCAGCCCAGAGACAGAUGUGGACACGGAGCACAUCUCCUUCCAUAAGAUCAUCGCGGGCAGCGUUGCCCUUUUCCUGUCGGUGCUGGUCAUCCUCUUGGUGAUGUACGUGUCCUGGAAGCGGUACCCCGCCAGCAUGAAGCAGCUGCAGCAGCGCUCCCUCAUGCGAAGGCACCGGAAGAAGAAACGGCAAUCGCUCAAGCAAAUGACUCCUGGCACCCAGGAAUUUUAUGUAGAUUAUAAACCCACCAACACGGAGACCAGCGAGAUGCUGCUGAACGGAACGGGACCCUGCACCUAUAGCAAGUCAGGCUCCAGGGAAUGUGAGAUACCUUUAUCAAUGAAUGUGUCCACCUUUCUGGCAUACGACCAGCCCACAAUAAGUUACUGUGGGGUCCAUCAUGAACUUCUCUCCCAUAAGUCCUUUGAAACGAACGCACAGGAAGACACGAUGGAAAGCCACCUAGAGACUGAGCUGGACUUGAGCACAAUCACAUCAGCUGGCCGCAUCAGUGACCAUAAACCACAGCUGGCUUGACCGAGCCAAGCGGUCGCCCAGACUUGCUACCAAACUGUAACCUCAACCACAGAGAGAGGAAAUUUUGUUCAUUGCAACUCUCAAAAUCAAAGCAAAACAAAAAGUUCCCUGUUCAAAUAAACAAAAUUCCAAGAUUGGUUCAUGAAAUAAAUGAAGACAUGAAUUGUUUCAAGUCUAUACUUUGUAACUAGCUAAGUUGUGCAGUAUUUUUUUGACUUUGACAGAGAAUGGCCCUGAAAAAAAAACAUUUUUUUCCAAAACUCAUCCUACCUAUGUGUAAAAAUUGUACAGCGCUAAUGUAUUUUUUCAUAUUAUAAAAUUUCAAUUCUAGGAACAACUGGUAUGUACAGUACCAUAAUUUAAUUAUGCUUUACUUUACACCUUUCCGUUUCUAAAAUUUUAAAUUAACAAACAUUAUUUCUUGUGUUCUUGAGAGUUACUCGGUUUUGUAGGGGCUGUUUUGUUACUGCGUUUGUGCCCAGAAACCUUGACUCUAAAACCUGUGCUGUGCGAACAAUGCACGAUUUUUAUCAUUAUCACGCUUACUGCAUAGAAUUUUAUCUUCUUGUUCCAGAAAUAAUACAUUAACCAAAAAAGGUUUUAAUUGUUCAGACGUGUAAGAGGUUCUUCAAUUACAUAGACAGGUCUUUCUUAUAAAUGAAAAAAAUCAGAUUUUUUUUUAACAGUUCUAAGACUUAACUGUUGCCUUGAAUUACAGCCUAGUUUCUAAGCAGUGAAAUGUAAUGAUAAAGAGGGAUAUUUUAACAAAGUAUUUCCGAAUGAAUGACUCAUUAUUUCAUUCUUUUGAGUAGCCAUUGUUAAGGGUAGGGGAAAGCAUGGACCAAACAUCAAUAGAAACAAAGGUCGUAACCACAGCAACAGACUUUGAUACACUUCAAAGGGCAGCUACAGUGACAAAGAAAACUUCCGUUACAUCUCCUUCUUGUCAGACCAAGGUGGGAGGACACGGUAUAAUUGUACAGUAGCAAUUUUUUUCUCUUAAUUAACCCAAAGUGGUUUUAUCUAAAAAUAACCACAAGUCAUUUCAAACCGUGCCUGGUUCUUAAGGCAAGUUUUCAUUUAGAAGGUAAAACUAUAUUUGGGGAAUAUUUCAAAGGAAAAAUACAGAAUUUUUCUUAUUGUGUACCACACCCAAGAAAGAACAUUAAAAAUCUAGUUCUUUCAGUAUAGAUGUGCUUAGUGGAGAAAACUCACUACAGAAUAGACUGUAACAGUCUACAGUUCCCUUGUUCAUGCUGUUCAUUUGGGGAUUUAGCUACAAAUUAUCCAAAACAAUUAGCAAGUGAUGUUAGACAUCAAUCUAAAUCACAUAUUGGUUACAUGAUUGCGUUUUAAAUUAAAAUCAAAUUAAGAAAACCUGAAUUUUCCACAGCUGAAAUGACAACUUCUAUCUCUAGUCUACCUGACAGGUUAUUGUUGGAAAUAUUAGUUUGUCCAUGAUAAUCACAUAGUUUUGAAUGUUUGGAUAUAAAACUGCAAGUGUCAAUCACUGUUAUGUGAAGAGAAGCAUUGUUUUUCAUGGUUUAACAAUAUUCAUGACAUCAGAAGUAAAGGACAAAAGCAUCAGUCUAACAGAGGUCAAACCAAUCAAAAAUGGUAGAGAAAAACAGGGAGUGAAAAACGUUGUUAAACUUAAUUUUUUACCUCCUCUUAAGAAAUACUUUCUGUAUGCACACAGUUUCACACAGACUGAUUACAGCAAAUUUAAGAACAACACUAGGAAGGAAGAAUUUCAAAAUUAUAAACAAUUAUCUGCUGGAAAAAAGAGGGGGGAAGCAAAAUAAAAGAAGAAGCAACCAUCAAUUUUAAUGUAACUACAAAUGUCACGGUACUUGUGUCAAAUAUUUAGCAUCCCAGAUUUUGUAACAUAUUUUGCAUAAGUUAUUUACUAUUCAAUAUUUUUGUUAUUUAAGUCUAAUUUGAAUCUUAAUUGUUUUCCAGUUUCUUGUUUCUUUGCAAUGUAUUUCCUGAUUGUUCUUGAUCCCUUACACUGAGAUUUCGCUCUGAACAAAAUUUAAACUGGGUUACAAAUCUAUUCUUUGUGAGUCUGGAAUCAAAUGGAAUUUUAUUAUAUAAACCAAAAUGUUAUUUGCAACUUUUUCAUUAGAAGUCAUUCUCCCAAGGAUCCAAAAAAAGCAUUAAUUUGUAAAACUAAGCACCUUCAAACUUUUCCCAGAUGCUUCACAAGUUGACAAAUAAUUUAAAAAAGAAAAAAAAAAAGAACCUUAAGACUCCAAAGGAGCCUUACAAAUGUAUACCCUUCAUUUCCUGAUGCAAAGCACUUUCUUUAAACAUUUUAAUAUAUCAUUUUUGCAAAUUCUUUGAGAAUCUCAUCUGUGCAUACAGUGUAUUUUGAUCAUAUUCACCCCCCCAACACAUCCCCAGCUCUCCUAGAUCUAUCCUUGCCUGCAUCCCCAAAGCCCUUACACACACACACACAAUGUUCUGAGUCCAGCUUUUGCUGCCCAUAUACACGUGUGGGGCCCUCAAUUAGAGCUAGGUCAACCUACCAGAAAACACUCCUAUAAGUACACUUUUGCUCCCUCUAUCAGAUGUUACUAAAGGUUUUCACUUUCUCUCUGGUGAACUACCAAUGGGAGCAAUCAUCUUGGAACUGUAGCAGGGAGCACCCCAUGCCUUCAGCUACAGUAAGAAGCCAGCAAACGAAGACUGCGGAGAUAUUUAACAUUUGGCAUUAUGCCCAAAAGGUCUUUAAACAAGAAAAAAACAUCAGGUUAUGUCAUUUUUGUGUUGUUCUGCCUUGUCAGGGGUGGAGGUAGCUGGUGUUAAAUUCUGCUGGAACAGGAGGUAGAAUAAUAGAAUUGAAUCUUUAUCACACAUAUGAAAUUUUCUAAUUGGUAUCAAAAACUUGUAUGUGUAACUUCUCUUUGUCAGAGUUACUCUUUGCCCAUGUCUCCCUCUAACCACCUGCCUGACCCCUGUGCGCCCUCCGCGGCUGCUGCUCACCUAACUAAACAACUAGAAAAAGCUGUUUGUCUGGUCGUUGGGUUGCAAACUAGAGUCUGACCCAUCACAGUUACCACAGCAGCAGCAGCUGAAACAUACGGUAAAGCCAGACAGGGUUCUAAGGUUUACAAAUCUUGUGACUUGUCUCAUUCUGCCAUCCUAAAGAACCCUGUGAAGACACACUCAUGCCCCAUAAGUUGAGACGCAUCCAAGGACACAGAGCUGAGAGCUCUCAGAGCCCAGAGGUUGUUUUUUCCAUUAUGCGAAAAGCUCCCUCUCUCUGGCCAGAGCCACAGAACUCCCAGAGAUAACAGACAAAAGAAAUUAGACAUGUCAUUUAGCAAGUUCUAAUUCAUCUCAGACGUCUGUACACCAUGUGAGCCCAGGGAGUAGGAUCUAGGCUUGCUCGUGAUGGUCCUUUGUUCAGAAGCACCGCAAGCCACACGUUUCUUAAUAUACAAGGUCAUUUGUGAAUGUGUAGAUCAGCACGCCAAGAUGUGAGACAAGAAGACCCCAGAGUGCAAAGGGAAAUCAGGAGGGUGAAAAGAGGAACCACCCCACAGUGAGAUCGCUAGUGGUUGCAAAAAUCCAUAAUGCAGAGCUGAUAGUACUUUCAACUGAGUACAUGUUUGACUCAGAGUUAACAAGGAAGACAUUUUCUCUUUCAUUUUGUGUUUUGGGAAGAUUUUUUUAAGUCAUGAUUUUUUUUUAAAAGAACUCUCAUAAUAAAGAUAAAACAUCAGUUAUUUAAAUAGACACAUAUACUAAAAGAUAUGACAGUCUGUGAAUAUUUUGGGGUUUAUCGUCUCCAUCUCUGUCCCCUCCUGAAUGUCCUAGAAAUCUCAUAAAACCAGCAAGACUUUUAAUACAAAUUAUAUUUUAGAAGGCAAUAUAAGCCAAAUUUAACACUCAAGACAAACAUAACCCAGUUUGAACUUAGAUCUGUCUGCUUACACAAACUGCUUGGAAAUUGUAAAUUUAUUUGCAGAGUUAUUUUCUAAAAUAAACUGUUUAGGGGAAUAAAAAUACACUUGGUUUUAACUAUUCCUGACUGGAGGACAGAUACCAUCUCUCAAACUAAAUGCCAAAAAUAAGAACAGAAAGUAUGAAAACAGAGAGCUGGUAGGAACUGUUAAUAAGCUGGAAGGAGGAAAGUCAGAUGUUUGGACAAGCAGCACAUGACUGGGGAGACGCAGGGAGCCUGGCAGGUGUCAAGCAGUUCUCAGAGUAAAUCUAGUAACAUUGUAGAUGUGUGCUUGUGUAGGGGCGUGUGAGUAUGUGUGCUUGUAUGUGUGUGCACACACGCGCACGUGGAAGCCAGAGAUCAACCUUGGAUGCUAUUCUUCAGCAGCUGUCCAUCUGGGAUUAGGGACAAAGUCAGUCCCUAGGACCUAGGAGAAGCCAAGGACACUGGAUUGGUUAGCCACCAAACCCCCAGGGAUCUGCUCUGCUCUGCAUUCCCACCAUCACACCUAGCCCUCUUACAUGGGUGCUCAGACUUGUACAUCUGAUGCUUUACCAACUGAGUUUUUGCCACAGUCCAUAUCAUAGCCUGGAGGAACUGCUCAUAUUGAUACAAACAAUCAGAACAGGCUUAAGUUCCUGAUAGGUUUGCUUUGCAGUGAGAAUUCAGAUAAACUGUCAUAACCGUUAAAGGUUCCAACUUCACCCAUUACCAUAUGAACUCACUACACUACUC